AUCGGAUGCCACUGACGUGUAAAAGUCCACAGCGUCGCGUUCAGACGUGCAUGGAGUCCGCAUAUCCACUCCGAGGCGUCGUCACUUUUGCUUUCGCUUUCCGCGAUGAAGCGCAGUCAUGGCGAGGAGUAGCAAGUCAGCAGCGGCGAGGACCCUGGAGGAUUUGACUCUGGACUCGGGUUAUGGUGGAGCCGCGGACUCCUUCAGGUCUUCCAGCGCGUCGCUGUGCUGCUCGGAGGCUCAUGGGGGGAACUGCUGGCAACUGACGGACUCCAUGCACAGCCGGAACAACAGCCUGGAUACCGUCAACACGGUCCUGGUGGAGGACGCCGAGAUCCUGGAGUGCACCGGUGCACAGUGCGCUAAACUACCCGAGCUUGACGAUGUGCCGUGGAGCCUCGCGGAGGUGGCCAGAGCCCUGAGCAGGGACGAGGGCUCCAGCCCGCCGAGCUCGCAGAGCCCGCCUCAGGACGUCCUGCUUCGGCUCUCGGUUCUGGUCAGCCGGGCCCUCGUCAGGGUCGCGAAGGAGGCGCAGCGUUUGAGUUUGCGCUACGCUAAAUGCACCAAAUACGAGAUCCAAAGUGCCGUCAAGAUGGUCCUGUCGUGGGCCGUGUCCGUGAACUGCAUCGGGGCUGCACUCGGAGCUCUGUCCCUCUACAACAUGACCACGGAGGAGGACAAGUUCAGCCGCGGCAAGUCGGUGCGCUGCGGGCUCGUCUUUAACGUGGGUAAAUUCUUCAGGUGGAUGGUGGACGGCAGGAUCGCGGUACGGAUCCACGACCACGCAGCCAUCUACCUGGCCGCCUGCGCGGAGAGCCUCUUCCGGGAGAUCCACGCGAGGUUGCUCCGCAGUGCGCUGCUGGAGAAGGACAACGGCGUCCCCAAGUUGAGCGUGGAGAGCCUGGAGCAGGCCGUGGGCGGCGAUGCUGAGCUGUGGGGGUCACUGCAGCCCUGGCAGCACCUCAUCUGCGGGAAGAAUGCCAGUGGUGUGCUUUGCUUACCCGAGGGUUUGAUUCCGCAGCAUCGAGCGGCGGGAAAGAGCGCCGAAGGGAACGCCUACAGCCAGUCGGAACUGCGCUCCAUGGAACAGUGCUUACUGGCCACGCGGGUGGGCGGCAUCUCGGAGCUCAGUGACAUGGUGUCCAGGGCGAUGCACUACCUGCAGCCCCUGUACACCAAGAACCACAGCAACGGGACGCCCAUCCACCAGAGGAGCGCCCCCAUGCACUGGGCCCCAGAGGCCAUCUACACGCUGUGUUACUUCAUGCACUGCCCCCGGAUGGAGUGGGACAACCCCAACGUGGAACCGUCCAAAGUUACCUUCCAGACUGAGAGGCCCUUCAUGGUCCUGCCGCCGUUGAUGGAGUGGCUGCGGGUGUCUGUCGCUCACACCGAACACCGGCGGAGCUUCUCCGUGGAUAGCGAUGAUGUUCGGCAGGCUGCUAGGUUGCUGCUUCCUGGAGUGGACUGCGAGCCCCGUCAGCUCCGAACCGAUGACUGCUUCUGCGCUUCAAGGAAACUGGACGCCGCCUCCACUGAGGCCAAGUUCCUGCAGAACUUAGGCUUCCAUAUGCUCAGCUGUGGACGCACGGACCUGGUGAAGCAGGCCGUGAACCUGCUGGGACCCGAUGGCGUCAACGGCAUGAGUGAGCAGGGCAUGACCCCACUCAUGUACGCUUGCGUCCGUGGAGACGAGGCCAUGGUUCAGAUGUUGCUGGAUGCUGGAGCUGAUAUCAACAACGAGGUGCCAAACUCAGUGCACAAGCACCACUCAGUCUUUCCCGAAACGCGGCAGGCGACGCCCCUCACCUUUGCCGUGUCACAUGGACAUGUGCCUGUGGUGCAGCUGCUGCUGGAUGCCAAAGCCAAUGUGGAGGGAUCCCUGCAAGACGGCAUGGAGAACUACACCGAGACCCCGUUGCAGUUGGCCGCCGCCGCAGGUGACUUGGAACUGGUGAGCCUGCUGCUGGAGCGGGGGGCCGACCCCAUGGUGGGCACCAUGUACCGCAAUGGCAUAUCCACCGCCCCGCGGGGGGACAUGAACUCCUACAGCCUGGCAGCUGCCCACGGACACAGAACUGUUUUUCGUAAGCUGCUGUCCCACACGGAAAAGGGCAAAGGAGACGUCUUAUCCCUGGAAGAGAUCCUGGCAGAAGGCUCGGAGCUGGAGGGGGGGUGCUCCUCGGAGCCGGACCUGCUGAGAACGGGGAAGGCCAGACUGAAAGCUCUGAAGGAAGCCAUGUACCACAGCUCGGAGCACGGCCACGUGGACAUCACCAUAGACAUCCGGAGCCUGGGGGUGCCGUGGACGUUACACACCUGGUUGGAGUCUCUGCGUACGUCUUUCUGCCAGCACCGCCGACCGCUAAUCCAGGGUCUGCUGAAAGAAUUCAUCUGCAUUGAAGAGGAAGAGUACACGGAGGAACUCAUCACCCAUGGCCUUCCUCUCAUGUUCCAGAUCCUCAGAGCCAGCAAGAAUGAAGUGAUCAGCCAGCAGCUGUCGGCCAUCUUCACGCAGUGUUACGGACCGUACCCAAUUCCCAAACUGGCUGAGCUCAAGCGGAAGCAGUCGGCACGUCUCGAUCCUCACUUCCUCAACAACAAAGACAUGUCAGAUGUGACUUUCUUGGUGGAGGGGAAACCCUUUUAUGGUCACAAAGUCCUGCUCUUCACAGCCUCCAACAGGUUCAAGACCCUGCUAGCAAACCGGCCGUGUGGCGAGAACACCUGCAUAGAAAUAAGCCAUGUGAAAUACCACAUCUUCCAGCUGGUGAUGCAGUAUCUCUACUUCGGGGGAACAGAAGCGCUGCACAUUAGGAACCCUGAUGUGAUGGAGCUUCUCUCCGCAUCCAAGUUCUUCCAGUUGGAGGCCCUGCAGAGGCACUGUGAGAUCAUCUGCUCCAAGAACAUCAACACGGAGACCUGCGUGGAGAUCUACAACCACACCAAGUUCCUGGACGCUCCCGACUUGGCGUCCUACAUCGAGGGCUACUUCCUGAAGAACAUGGUCGUGCUCAUAGAAGUCGAGCCUUUCAAACAGCUGCUGUACGACGUACCACCAGAUAGCCCCAGCGGGGACAUCCUGCAGAGCUUGGAGAAGACCUUGGCCGUCCGCAUCCAGUCCAUCCACCUGUCCUCCUCCAAGGGAUCCAUCGUCUAAACCAAGCGGAGUGGAGA